AUGCCACAAAUGCGAACUGUCGUCCCGUCGGGGCUCAACGAGGUGCUCGCGUACAAGUUCCCGCCAAACGCCUACCGCUUCGUGCCGCGCGAACGCCUCUCCGAGUCGCGCCUGACGACUCCAAAGCCUAGUUCGACUAGCCUCUCGCGCUUGACCACGUUCCGAAGAUCGCCGGGCGAGGAGCUGCCUCGUUACCCCCUCACUUCUGCAUCGCACGAUCCUUCUCUCGUCGAUCGGGUUGGCCAGGGCCUGAAGCGAGGGCUCCAGAGGUCCCGGACGGGCCUAGACACGCCUCUUCCGUCUUUCGUCAACUCUUGGUUCGACGACUUUCUGCAUUGGCGGCCUCUUACCCUGUACGAAACGGACAACCACUGCGCAAAGAGUCAUCUGGGGGAUCUCAUAAGGGGCGUCAUCCGAGAAACUGUCUCUCGACUAGCGGAUCGCGAGGUCGCAAACAUGCAGUUUUCUUCGAUUCACAAAUACCUCGGUCAAGAGGGACUGCCGACCCUCACUACCUGGGUGCGCGGGGACAGUUUCGAUAACAAGAUCGCUCUCGAGAUCAACUCGGUCGGCAAACUUGAAAGCCUUCACGACGUUUUAUUUAGAGCACAGAAGCCGAAGCUGUGGCUCGGUUUUGGGUCAGGGUGUCCGAUUGACUUGCGCAUCUUCGACAGCAAUGGUCGCUCGAUGAUGCUUUCGGAGAACGAGGGCAUGAGGCUAGCGAAGGUGAGACUAUGGAACAUCGGGCGGGACGGAAACAUCUAACUCUUCUAAAUGCUGGUGUUGGCGGUUCUCUCAGAUGUCUCUCCAACUGUAUCAAAGCAACGCUCGAUUCGGCGUCUUUUACGCCCCUCCGUACUUCGUCCUUUGCGAACUCGGUGAGUAUGCCUUCCUACUAUUGGACUAGUGGCGUACCCAUAUCUUGGGGGUGACAUAUUGCUAAUUGCGGAUGUUUGCGCGCGCAAAACUCAUUGCUAGUCAUUGAGAAUGGUCGCACCCACUUGUUGACCAGUGAAGUAUGCUCUUCGGCCCUCUUGCCUGACGAGGACUUGCCCUCCGGCGCGGCGCCAAGAUCCGAAAGCUUCUUCUCCACUCUUGUCUCGCUGUUUAUGAGUGUGCAUGCGGAUUACCCGAUCGAGGGUCCACCCGAGGAGAUCAGAAGCGCUCUCAGGCGAACGACAGAGAAGCUAGAGAGCACCCCGUCUGCACCUGUGCAAUCUCCCCCGAUCAGACCGACUCUCGAUGACGUUGCAGGCCCGUUCCUUGUCGAUCAAAAUGCUCCGGUGUCGCUGCGUCACGUCCCGGAUACUGCAGUAAGCCUUCGCGUGCCUUGCUCUCUCUCUCUUGAUUUAACGUAUCAUUUUGGGCAUCAGCUUACUGCCUCUCUCACACCUUGGCAACGAGCAGAUCAUCUGUGGCUCGGAAGCGAGCAAGGACACGGGUAUGUUUGCUACUAGGGUCGAGCUUGAGUGCGAUGGCGAUGUGAGUCGUGCCUGCCCUUUCGGUCAUGUGUUACAACGACGGUACUUCACUGAUCAGUCCUCUUUCCACUUACUGCAGUUCUUCUCCGCCGACUUGGAUGAGAACAAAGCAGCAGAGAUCUUGCCCUGGGUCAGGACACCUGUCGGGGAUCGCGCUCGUCUGGAUCGACUAGAUCUCGUCACUGAGCUUGGCAGGGGUCGAACUGCCACGGGAUGGACGGCUCGAUGGUCUCGCCGGUCAACGGCCGGAGCUCCGGACGCAUCGGCCUCGAAUGAUGCUCCCGCUCGAAUGCAGGGUGGUCUCGUCGCCAAGGUCGUCUCGGCAGAAUAUGCACCCUCGAUCGCGCGAGAGUACUUCAUCUAUACGCAAGCUGUUCCGUCGCUCUCGACCGCUGCGCAAGCCUACUUCCCCAAGUUCCAUGGCCUCUACCGCAGCGGUUCAGAUGGCCGCGCCUACGUCCUGUUGUUGGAAGACGUGGGGAGCACGGUCACCCGGGAGCAGUGGGAGGCGGACACCGAAUUGAGGCGUAAAAUUGAGUGAGUGUACUCCGAGGCGCAGUUCGUCUGAUGCGUUAACACUGCGCAGUGGCUGACUGAACGCGGUUCUGCGUGUUCCUCGUUUUACCAGUGAGGCGUUCCAAGCCCUCGAAAAUGAAGGCGUCUACCACGAUGACCAGAGGUAUCCAAAUGUAACUAUCCGUCCAGACGGUCGCAUUUGCCUCAUCGACUGGGGGCUGGCGAGUUUUUAUUAG